UUCGUCAGACUUCAAUGGGAAUCUCAUGGUAUUCCUGUAACUUAAAAGAAGGCUUCUCGUCUUCCUCACCAUUAAGACACAUCCUUAACGUUGGCAGCAGCCACGCAUCUCUCGCUCCGCUACUAUAAAUACGAGCCCAUGCACGGUAUACCUUGUUCGUAUCAACCCUGGUUUCUCCUUCUCUUCUCCAUGGCUCUCUUCCCCAAGCUCUUCCUCACCAUGCUGUUCCUAACCAUCUCGGCGUUGGCGGUGGUCCCUGAUUUUACGGAGGCCCGGACCGUGGCGCAACAACUCCAGCUGGUAGAACGGCUACAGUCCGACGGACUCAAGGUGUGCUGGGACUCGCUGAUGGAGCUCAGAUCGUGCACCGGAGAAGUCAUCCUUUUCUUCCUCAACGGCGAGACGUACCUGGGACCGAGCUGCUGCCGAGCCAUUCGGAUCAUCGUGCAUCACUGCUGGGCCGCCGAGGUCAUGCUUGCUGCCCUUGGUUUCACGCCCCAGGAAGGCGAUGUGCUUCGAGGGUACUGCGACGCCGAGGCUUCUGCUGGUGCCUCUCCUCCGCCGCCACCGCCGGUCGCGUACGCUCCUCUGCCGGAGCACUUGGUGCACUAGGCUGUACUCCGAGGCUACAACUACAAGCUUUUGUGGUCUUGCAUCCGUGGUUGUUUGGGUUUCAUGGAGUUUGAUGUUGGUUCUAAGACAGCUGCCAAGGAAACGAUAAGCAUAUGGGUUGGAAUAAACAUUA